CAGGGAAGCUGUCCCCCAAGCUCCUUCUCUCUCUUUCUCUCUCUCUCUCUCUCCCCUCGUCGUCGUCUUCUUCUCCUUCCUCUUCUUCUGCUUCAAAAGUCUCUUUUGACCAUCGCCACCACCCCCUCCCCUUCUUCCCCUCUUCCUCCUAUCUGCUCCAAACCUUCCUCUUUAACCCCCUCAUUACAUCUCUCUCUCUCUCCCCAUAUAUAUACAUACCACACACACAUCAAAUUUGUGAAUAUGAUUAGUAGGUAUUUAUCGGAUUGUUGUAUAGUUUUGAUCAUCAAUCUCUGAAUUUUUCUUUUAAUCUUCUGCAAAAAGAAGAAGAUGGGUAGCUGUUUUUCUACUUCCAAGGUGAGUGGGUCAAACAGCAACACCAAUUCCAACACCAACACCAACACUGCUAAUAGACACCGCAAAGAGAGCACCAAACAGGCCUCAAAAGCGACAAUCACCGCGAAGAACCGAGAAGGGUCGCAUUAUAAUCAACCCAAAACGCAAGAGAAUCACAAGAGACAUUCUCAGCAACAGCAACAGAGGAAUUCUCAGCAGACAAAGCCGAAGAGGCAAACCGGGGUUAUUCCUUGUGGAAAACGAACCGAUUUUGGGUAUGAUAAGGAUUUUGAUAAGAGGUAUAUGAUUGGAAAAUUGUUGGGUCAUGGCCAAUUUGGGUAUACAUAUGUUGCCACUGACAAGUCUAAUGGAAAUCGUGUUGCAGUCAAGAGAAUUGAGAAGAACAAGAUGGUUCUUCCAAUUGCUGUUGAGGAUGUUAAGCGAGAGGUCAAAAUAUUGCAAGCCCUAACUGGUCAUGAGAAUGUUGUUCAGUUCUACAACGCAUAUGAGGAUGAUUCUUAUGUGUUUAUAGUUAUGGAGUUAUGUGAGGGUGGUGAAUUGCUGGACCGAAUUUUGUCAAAAAAAAAUAGUCGUUAUUCUGAGAAAGAUGCGGCAGUAAUUGUGAGGCAGAUGCUUAAAGUUGCAGCCGAGUGUCAUUUACAUGGUUUGGUGCACCGUGACAUGAAACCAGAGAAUUUUCUUUUCAAGUCAAAGAAAGAGGAUUCGCCUUUGAAGGCCACAGAUUUUGGUCUUUCAGACUUCAUAAGACCGGGGAAGAAGUUUCAGGAUAUUGUUGGCAGUGCCUACUAUGUUGCUCCUGAAGUUUUGAAACGUAAAUCAGGGCCGGAAUCGGAUGCCUGGAGCAUUGGAGUAAUCACCUACAUAUUGCUCUGUGGGAGGCGCCCCUUUUGGGACAAAACUGAGGAUGGUAUAUUUAAGGAGGUUUUAAGAAACAAGCCUGAUUUUCGUCGCAAACCAUGGCCUACCAUAAGCAACAGUGCAAAAGAUUUUGUCAAGAAAUUGCUGGUGAAGGAUCCUCGUGCAAGACUCACUGCCGCCCAGGCCUUAUCACACCCAUGGGUUAGAGAAGGUGGGGAUGCUUCAGAGAUUCCUCUGGAUAUCUUAGUCCUAUCAAACAUGCGACAAUUUGUGAAGUACAGUUGCUUAAAACAGUUUGCUCUUCGGGCAUUAGCUAGCACAAUUGGUGCAGAGGAGUUGGCUGAUCUUCGAGAUCAGUUUGAUGCAAUUGAUGUGGAUAAAAAUGGUGCUAUUAGUCUUGAAGAAAUGAGACAGGCCCUUGCUAAAGAUCUUCCUUGGAAGUUGAAAGAAUCAGGUGUUCUAGAGAUUCUUCAAGCGAUUGACAGUAACACCGAUGGACUAGUGGAUUUCACAGAGUUUGUUGCAGCCACUUUACAUGUGCAUCAGUUAGAGGAACAUAACUCAGAAAAGUGGCAGCAGAGGUCACAAGCUGCUUUUGAGAAAUUCGAUGUGGAUCGAGAUGGAUAUAUAACUACAGAAGAACUUAAAAUGCACACGGGCUUGAAAGGCUCCAUAGACCCACUUCUUGAGGAGGCUGACAUUGACAAAGAUGGCAGGAUAAGUCUUUCAGAAUUCCGCAGGCUUCUAAGAACAGCGAGCAUUAGUUCUUCAAGAAAUGUUGGUAGCCGCUCUCGGAAAAUGUAGAUCACAAAAAUUUGUGAGACAAGUGAGAGAGGGUAAGGGAGUAGUGGACUUCCUUUUUUCAAAAUUUUGGCUUGAAGAUUGUACUCGGUAAGCAGGCUCUCAUCUCUUUGUGCCUCUACUGCCAAUUUGCGGACAUUUUCUGGGACUUUGUGAUGUACUUCAGGGACAGGGUAUCUGAAUAGGUCAUGCGGACAUUUUCUGGGAAUUUGUGAUGUACUUCAGGGACAGGGUAUCUGAAUAGGUUCAUGUAGACAUUGUGCCGAGAGGCCAUUUGAUGUAGUGUAGUUUCAUUUGCCCCUUCUGGGAAAAUAGCUGUCAUAUUAGUGUGCAGUUUCUAUGGUUGUUCCAGUUCAAAAUUUAACUUGUGACAUAAAUAAGUUAUUAAUGAAAUUGUUUGUUUUUA